ACUUAUAAAGAAAAAGGGAAAUCGCGAAAGAGAGGAAGAGACACAGUGCGCAUCAGACUCCACUGUCUAAGGAGAGAGAUCGCAUUCUCAAAACAAGUCACAUCCACCUUUCUCUCUCUCUCUCUCUAGUGAGUGGAACCGGUAGCAGCUGAGUCAACUCGGUAUAGAGAGUGUGUUUUUCUCAGGUGAUGGAUCCGGGCGGGAUGAUGAACGAGGCUGGGACGUAUAACCAACUGGCGGAGAUCUGGCCGUCGUAUCCCAUCAACGGAGGCGGGACCGUUAACUCCUCGAUGAGGAGCGGCGUCUCGUUCGGUGGACCUAACUUGGUCCAUCAUCAGUUCGCCGACUCGAAUCUGAUUAGCAAAGAUCCGGCUCGUAUGAGCCACGCGCUCUCUCAGGCGGUGGUCGCCGGUAUCGCCGGUGCUAGGAAGCGGCGGGAAGCAGGUGCGGAGGAGAAAGUCUUCUCCGUCAGCAGCGACGGACAUGACGCGAAUGAUGGUGAGAGUAAAAAGCAGAGGACUACAGGAUGCGAAGAUGAGGUUGAAACAGGAACGUUGGAUCAGAAGAAGCAGUUGUUGCCUGAACCUCCGAAAGAUUAUAUACAUGUGCGAGCUAGAAGGGGACAGGCUACAGAUAGUCACAGUCUAGCUGAAAGAGCGAGGAGAGAAAAGAUAAGCGAGCGGAUGAAAAUCUUGCAAGAUCUUGUCCCUGGUUGUAACAAGGUUAUCGGAAAGGCGCUUGUUCUAGAUGAGAUAAUCAAUUACAUACAGUCUCUGCAGCGUCAAGUUGAGUUUCUAUCGAUGAAGCUCGAAGCAGUCAACUCAAGAAUGACUCCUGGUAUCGAGGUUUUCCCGCCAAAAGAGUUUGAUCAGCAAACGUUUGAAAAUCCGGGAAUGCAGUUCGGGUCACAAGCUACAAGGGACUACAGCAGAGGAGCAUCACCGGAGUGGCUGCAUAUGCAGGUAGGAGGUGGUUUCGAAAGAUCAUAGUGAAUAACAGUGAUAACGUAAGAAAGCUGGCACAAGAUCACUAAAUAAACUUCGAUCUCCAAUGUUAGUCACUAAAAAAGAAGCAGCAGCAUACGUAUAAAACAUUUAUGAAAUAUAUAUAUUAUUAUACAAGGUUUUAUUGUUAUAGAUUCCUAGUUUAGACAUGAAGUAAAGCGGAGGUAGAUUGUGGUACACUUUCCUCUGUUGCUGUCUCAGAACAUGUUAAUAACUGUUUUAAGCUUUUCACAUGCUUUUCUUUUGUUUUAUGUUGUGUUGUAAUCUAUCUAAGGAAAGGUUUGGUUCUCAAA